AGGCUUCUUUGUUACUCUUAUCAGGCAAAUGGCAAUCGUUUGUGAGAUAUUUCAUCCAUGAACAUUUGGCUCCAGAAAAACUGUCCAUCAAUGACUUGAUAAAGGCUGGUGUUUUCCGUAAUUAUCGCCAGGAGAGCUUUGAAAUAAGAGUAUCUGAGAAUGGUUGUAUUAGUGUUCCAGGCAUUGGCAACAUUACAUCUCGUGAUAUAGCAGCAACUAAUGGUGUCAUUCACAUUCUUCAUUCAAUAUUUUACUCUAGUUCAUUCUUCCAAUCCCCAGAGAUAUGUUUCAAGAACCAAACAGAAGAAAUGAUACAGGAGUGUUGUGAUGGUUUCUAUAGUCCUGCAUGCUUAAGAUGUAGUGGAUGUAAUUGGGGUGGCCAAUGUGAUGAUGGCAUCCAGGGUUCUGGAAGUUGUAUUUGUGAAUCUGCUUAUGAUGGUGUAGACUGCGAUCUCUGCAAAGACAGCACAAUGUUUGGAUGGCAUUGUAAUCAAUCAUGUUCAUGCAUUCAUGGGGAGUGCAGCAAUGGUCCUUGGGGUACAGGUCAUUGCAAAUUUGACACCUGUUUAUCAGGAUUCACAGGAGAGGACUGUCAUCUCCAAACUACCCCUUGUGGACCUGAAGAAAUCCAGUGUCAUGCUCAUUCCAUGUGUGUCAUUGAGAAAGGUUCAUCAAGGUGUGUGUGCAAUAGAAACUAUACAGGUAAUGGAACAGACUGUGUGCCUAUCAAUCCUUGCACGCAAUCCUCUGAUAGCCCAUGUGACUCUGAUGUGGUGAGUUGGUAUAUCCCUCAUCCCCUUUCUCUUCGUCAUACCAAUCAAGCAAAAUACCUUUAUUGAGAUUUAUUUCAAUGUUCUAGCCAUAUUCACAAAUGUUUUCUGAGUUAAAUCAUGAUUGAGUAGUAUAUGUAACUCAGGGUAGAC